AUGCCGUCUGCCAAAGGACUAUUCGAAGAAGAACCUAUUUGCUUUGCCCUUACCGUGAAACAUUUACGUGUGUAUUGUCACGCAUGCCUCAAAGAUGGAGCAGAUCUGAAGAAGUGCAAAGGUUGCCAGAUAUUCUACUAUUGCUCGGCAGAGUGUCAGAAGAAAGACUGGCCUUUACAUAGAAAUGAAUGUUCGGCGUGCAAGAAGCAUAACGGAGUUUCCAAUGAAGAUGUUCGGCUCGUAAUGCGAUUAGCAGUGAAAUGGGCGGCUGGAGAAAUGGGAGAGACUAUGGUAGAGAACGUUGAGCGCUCACUGACAACUCUGCAGGAGCAUUCAGAAGCAUUAGAAGACAAAGCCUGUCAGUUUCUACAGGACUACAAGGUCUUUUGCAAGAAGACCAUUGUCGAUGAUGAUAUAGUCAAGCGGUAA